AUGUCUGGACCGGUCGUACCCACCUCCUACAAGCCCAAGAACAUGAAGUUCCGCUACCUGGGCAACUCGGGGCUCCAGGUUUCCGUCUUCUCCCUUGGCGGUUGGUUGACUUACGGCGGCACCCAGAAGGGCAGCAUCGUCAAGGAGAUUCUGCAGACUGCCUGGGACCACGGCGUUCAAACCUUUGACACCGCCGAGGCCUACGCCGCCGGCGCGUCCGAGGUCGAGAUGGGCUCCGCCCUCAAGGAGCUCGCCUGGCCUCGCGACGAGUACGUUCUGACCACCAAGAUCUUCUUCGGCACCGCCCGCGCGGAGCCCAACACCGGCGGCCUCAGCCGCAAACACAUCAUCGAGGGCCUCAAGUCAUCCCUCGCCCGCCUCCAGACCCCCUACGUCGACGUCGUCUUCGCCCACCGCGCCGACGCCGCCACCCCCAUGCUCGAGAUCGUCGAGGCCUUCACCCAGGCCAUCCGCAACCUCAACCUGGCCUACUACUGGGGCACCUCGGAGUGGACCGCCGCCCAGAUCACCGAGGCCAUCCAGCUGGCCGAGAAGCACAACCUGAUCGCCCCCGUGGUCGAGCAGCCGCAGUACAACGCCUUCCACCGCGAGCGCUUCGAGGUCGAGUACGCGCCGCUGUACCGCCAGUACGGGCUCGGCACCACCACCUGGAGCCCGCUCGCCAGCGGCCUGCUGACGGGCAAGUACAACGACGGCAUCCCCGAGGACUCGCGCUUCGCCACCAACCCGGCCUUCUUCGCCGACACCAUCAAGGGCCUCAAGAGCCCCGAGGGCCAGGCCAAGAUCGAAAAGGUCCGCAAGCUCACCGCCAUUGCUGAGCGUCUCGGCGCCAACGUCUCCCAGCUCGCCCUCGCCUGGACCGCAAAGAACCCCAACGUCAGCACCGUCAUCCUCGGCGCCACCAAGAUCGAGCAGCUCACCGACAACCUCAAGGCGCUCGACCUCAUUGAGAAGCUGACGCCCGAGGUGCUGGAGGAGAUCGAGGCUGUGCUGGAUAACAAGCCCGCGGGCGUCGCCACCUUUGGGCGGUUGCAGCGUUAA